AUGGCUGUCUCAGUGCUACGGCAGACAAUUGUCUGGGGACUGCUUGUCUUAAUCCUGACUUGCCAAGCCGUUGACAAACCAGAUAGCAAGCCAGAUGACUCAGACAAAAACCUAGAACCAGCCCUUCCAAAAUUCCUAAACCUCUUGGGCUCGGAGAUCAUUGAGAAUACGGUGAAGUUCAUCGUCUGCUCCAUGAUAAAGACCAGAGGAUAUAUGGAAUGUGAUGAUAAACAAGAAGAACAUUCAUCAGAGUGA